UUGAGGGAACCAAAACCAAACAUCCAGACGAAAUCUAAAUCUAAAAAUUGAAGAUUUUUCAAGAACAUGAAUGGUCUCAAGAACCAUUGCAACCACAUCAUUUCCUUUUCCCUUCUGUUCCUUACUUUACUAUGUGGAUUAAUCACCUUCAAGCCUUUCUCUCCAUUCCAGUAUUACACAAGAAACGUGACCAGUACUAGCCAAAAAGAUGCACUGGGACUGGCUUUGGCUGAGGCAUCGACAGAAAACAAAGCUGUGAUAAUCGCUAUGGUAAACAAGGCCUUUGUAGAGGGUGACGAUAAGUCAAUGCUAGACCUUUUCUUGGAUAGUUUCUGGCAUGGUGAAAAUACGAGAGGUUUGGUUGAUAAUCUCCUGCUUGUUAAUGUUGAUCAAGCGUCCUAUGAACGGUGCAAGUUUCUCCGGCUUCACUGUUACAAACUUGAAACAGAUGGUGUGAAAUUUGAUAAAGAGGAAGUGUACAUGUCCGAUGAAUUUAUCAAGAUGAUGUGGAGGAGAACCUUGUUUCUUGGACAAGUACUCAGACGUGGCUAUAACUUCAUUUUUACGGAUGCUGAUGUAUUGUGGUUAAGGAACCCAUUUCCAAGGCUGAGCUUCAACAAAAACAUUGAUCUACAAAUAAGUACAGAUAGGUUCAAUGGUGAUCAAUGGUCACAGACCAACCCAAUAAACACGGGCUUCUUCAUGAUCAGGUCAAACAAGAACACUAUUCAAUUAUUUGACUUGUGGUAUGAAAGGAAAGACAAGUCUACUGGACAGAAAGAGCAAGAUGUUUUAAAUGGAAUGCUUCAUGGAGGUGUAUUUAAGAAGCUAGGCCUUAGAGUAAGGUUCCUGGACACCCUCUACUUCAGUGGAUUCUGUCAGGAUAGCAAGGACAUUAGAGCUGUUACAACUGUUCAUGCCAAUUGUUGUCGAACGAUUAGUGCCAAGAUUACUGACUUAUCUGCUGUUAUAGAUGAUUGGAAGAGAUUCAAGCGGUCUGCGGUCAAUGAGACAUCAACAUUUGGAAAUUUGAAGCAUGAGGCGUGUGCACAUUCAUGGGGGAAAUGA